CCCUGAGCAGCUUCUUCAAUCACUCAAACUCCCUACACUAACUAACGCAACCUCUGCCCAAAGAACUGCAGAAAAUAACCUUGGCUCGGCCAGCCUCAAGCAGCCAUUUCAGCCAAGUGACAAAGUUGGGCGCCAAGCCAAUAAUUCUCUUGAAUCGAGUUUCGAGGUUCUAAUCUGCGCGAUCUGCUCAUUAUUCCAUCGAUCGAAACCAACCCCCAUCAAAUCGAGGGCCUGGAUUCCGUGAGAAAAACCGGCUAGCAGACUUACUCCAGGUGAACCCCCAGUCAGCCCCAGUGUGCCACGCCCAUUUAUCCCGCCCCCCUGGCCACGGAAAUGUCUUGGCCGCACCAACCUUGAGCGUUCGUGGACGGAUUGAGAUUACCCCUCGGGCUAGUAGGUAGGCGCUCAGACCUGAUUGCCAGUGGGCCUGGUCAUGGCCUACAUCGUGAAUGACACCACGACGGCCAUGAGUGGCGACGAGUCGUCCUUGAUGGAGGAUCCGUCGCAUGCUUCCAAGGGGUGGCCGGGGGUGGGUCCCGGGGAGGAGCACGAUAGCCAGGUCAAUAUGACUCGCACCUUCUUGUCGGCCUUGGAUGUGCCGCCAGCCCAUUUUGCUCACCCGCAGUACCCGCGGGUGGCUUUGCCGGGGGCGCGUCGCAAUUUGUUCGAGGCCAUCGAGGAGUCUGACCAAUCGGCCUGGCUCCUCCCACCGCCGCCCGCCAAAGAGACGCUCAAGGUGUUUUUGCGGGUCAAGCCCAAGACGUUGGAGGAGACCGAGAUCAUUGAGGCCGAUCAUGCGGGCCAAAACGCGUCGGAUGCCAGUUGGCGGGAGUCAGGCGGAGCACCGCCCAUGGUCCAGAUCGAGACGGAUUAUCAGGUGGCUUUGAACGCCCCGAAAGAGAGCAACACGUUCAAGAACUCGGUCAAUGGGGCGGGUAGUUUGACCCAUCGUUAUACGUUCACCCAUAUCUUCCCGCCCGAGACUGAUCAGUCAGCUUUGUUCCAGGAAAUGGUGAUGCCACGUGUCCGCGAAUUCUUGGAAGGCUCCAAUCAGUUGGUGUUCACCUACGGCGCCACGAGCUCGGGCAAGACUUACACCAUCCAAGGGACGGCUUUUAAUCCCGGCAUCCUGCCGCGCGCUCUAGAUGUGAUCUUCAAUUCCGUGGGUGAAGACGAAAACAGCGUGCCGCAUCUACGGCCCAAUUGUUUCAACCGGGUCAUCCAGAUGAAGGAACGCGACCUCAAGAAAUCCGAAGACGACAAGCUGGCUGUGUUCAAUCUUGGGCGGGAACUUCAGCUCCAAGGUCGGUUGACGGGAGCUUCCAAAAUGUCCGGUUUGUCGCAACUCUCCGAAGACUCGCACAAUCAAGCCGAUUUGACCAACUUAAGCCAACAAUCUCUGGCGACCAUGUUCCCAUUCUUGGCCAAUCGACAUCGCGAGGAAUCGUGCGUCGAGCUGCAGCAAACGGAUAUUAAGUUUGCGCUUUGGAUCAGCUUUGCCGAGAUCUAUAACGAGAAUGUUCACGAUCUUCUGGAAAAAAUUCCUACGAGCAAGAACAAGAACACGAAACCAAGACGGGUCCCCCUCAAGCUGGCCGAAGAUAAAAACGGCUCAAUUUACGUCCGCGGUCUCAAAGAGGUGAAAGUCAACUCGGCCAAUGAGGCUUAUCAGAUCAUGAUGAUCGGCCGGGAGAAUCUUCAGUUUGCCGCCACCCGCCUCAAUCACCAUUCCAGUCGCAGCCAUUGCAUCUUUUCCAUUAAAGCCAUUCGCGUCGCCGAUAUCAACAAACCACAUUUGGCUCGCGUAAGUAUGCUCACUUUUUGCGAUUUGGCCGGUUCUGAACGGAUCAAGAAGACGAUGAACACGGGUGAUCGUCAAAAAGAAGCUGGCAACAUCAACACGUCCUUAUUGGUCUUGGGCCGGUGCAUCAAGGCCAUUCGACAUAACCAAUUCAACCCGAAGAAGCCGCAAAUUGUGCCUUUUCGUGAGUCUAAACUCACGCGCAUGUUUCAAAGCUUUUUGGUGGGCCAUGGCAAAGCUUCCAUGGUCGUGAAUAUUAGCCAAGCACCCUAUUUGUUUGAUGAAUCCAUGCAAGUGUUAAAAUUCUCAGCCAUUGCCAGCAAGAUCACCGUGGAAACCAUCAAAGAGCCCGUGACCGUCAAAUUGAAUAAGAAGAAGAAGCAGACGCGCUUUUCUAUUAUGGUCGAGAGCAACCGGAGUGGUAACAACUUGCUCAUGGGUCGGGGUUCGAUCGCCUGGGAGAAACCGGCUGCCCGAUCCACAAUGUGUCCCAUGACCCCGAUUGUUGACACAACAUUGAUGGACGAGACUAGUGUCAUGGAUCAGUCUGUGGUGGACGAACGCUACGAUUCGCUGCUCAAGCUGAUUGACAGUCUCAAAGACCAGCUCAUCAAAGAAAAGCAAGAAAAUAUCACGUUAGAGCAAGAGAUUCGAACCGAGCUCUGCACAGAGUUCAACAAAAUGAUGGUCGACAUUGAAGAAAGCUGGGAGAAACGACUGCAAGAUCAGAAAGAACGAGACGAGGAACUCUCCGAGUGGAGAUUGAACAAGCUCCAAGAGGUCUACAAAUCGAGACGGAAACGACAACGAGAGGAUUCUCCGGCACCCAAUGAAACCAUGAUGUUCAUUAAGGACGAAAUUGAACUAGAACUGGAAGAUAAAAAAGCCCAAUUGAAGUGUCUGGAAGACAAAGUUGAAGCCAUGUCCAAGGCUCAAGGGAGCCUCAUGGGCGAGAACAAACGUCUGCAAGAAGAGCUGACCAAAGGUUCUUUCCAAUUGAGCACUGAAAAGAAGAACGCUGCCCUUUUAGACAUCCAAGUACAGGACCUUAAACGUGAACUCAGCAGUGCCAAUGCUGCCAAAAUGGCCUCCAUCGAAAGUAGUAGCGCAACUCCGGUGAUCCAGGAUCUUGAAAGGCAGCUCCAAGAAUCCAAGGAGAAACGAGAAGAAUUGGAAGGAGAAAAGAAACACUUGAAAGAGCUCCUGGACGAGGCAGGUCAAGACUUCUUGGAGAAAUCUGAAGAAGUGCAGAAGAUUAAUCGAACCUUGAAAGAUUGUGAGCAACAAUUGGUGCAACAGGCGAUCGCACUUAAUGAGCUCAAUUCGCAGUUAGAGGAGUCCCGACUUCUAUUGACGGAUUCUGCCACUCGCAUGGAAGAAAAAGAAAAAACGAUUGCCGAUCUGGAAGAUCAAGCCGAUAAGAGAUCUAGCAUGGAGGAGGAAUUAACUCAGAAAAUCCAAGAAGUCGAAUCCAGACUUCAGAUCUCCGAGUCUGAAAAGCAAGUUUUGUCCGAUAAGAUAACACAACACGAUGAGGAAAUAGCAAAAUUGAACCAGGAACACAGUGCCAAGGAAGAGUCUAGGGAAAAGGAACUCGAGUCAUUGAAGAAACAGUUAGACUCCAAUGCCCAAGUCAUUGCCAAGCUGGAGGGCGAGAUCGAUUGCAAGGGUGAGAACCUACAAGAGCUUAAGGCAAUGAUUCAAAAGAAAGAAACGGACGCCACCGAUGAUAUUGAAAAAAAUAUUCGCAAGGCGGAAUCUGACAAGGAGAGACUUGAGAGAGAGCUCAACGAUGAGAUCGAGGAUCUGAAGCAAGCCAAGAAGAGACUGCGCCAAACCGUGGACGACCAAACCAAGGACAUCGAGGGUAAAGAGAAAGAGGUCACCAAGUUAGAACGCGAAGUAAAAAGUCUGAUCCAGGCGGAAAAGAACCAAAUAGAGGUAAAUGAGGAGCUUCAAUCCCAGAUUGCCAUGCUGCGGAAACAGCUGAAAGACUUGAACACGGGGCCCUCCAAAUCUGAGAUGGACGGACUCUCCAAACAAGUUCAUGAUUUGAAGACCAAAAUCGAGCGACUGGAGAUGGAAAAUAGUUCCUUGAAGAAGGAAGACAAUGCAUUUCAGAUUCUCAACGAAGAGCUAUCCAAACGGGCAAAGGAGAAAGAGGAUCUCAUCGCAAAGUUGGCUCGUCUUGAACAUGACAUUGAUUCCAAAUGUUACGACAUCAAGAAGACCAAAGAUGAGCACAAGGCAAUGAUGGAUCACUACGAUCAAAAGUUGAGCGUCAAAAGCAACGAGCUUGCCAUGGAAAAGCGAGAAGUACUAAAACUGCGCGAGGUCAUGGCCAGAUCUACUCCUAACAAGGCCUCCGUUUCGGCCCGGGAGAGUGAAGUGGCCAUGCUCAGAGAGGAGCUCAUGAAAAAGACCGAGGUGAUCAAGAACCUUGAGUCCAUGAUCCCAACGCGAAAAGAGUUGUCGUAUAGCUCGGAUGAGGAGGAUCCGGAUAUCCGCAAGGAGAUGGACAAACUCCAAAAGGAGAUGGAACUAAUGAAAGCCACUCACGAGAAAGAGUUGGCUCGCUUCAAGAGGGCCAGUGACAAAGCUAUAGCUGAGUACAAACAUACCAAUUCGGAAUUGCUUCGCCAAAUGACCCAUCCACCUUCAGCUGCCAGCUCAGCCUCCACUUCUAUGGUCAGUGAUUCGUGUGCUGUGGAAGGGGACGAUUCUCAAAACGACAACAGCCUCAUCGAAGAUACGCCCAGUAACAACAGCCGCAAACGAAGACGUGGAGGUCGAACAGUCAAGGAACGAAGUCGGCGUGCUAAUCGCACCGCGAGCAGUAAAACUGACAGUGCCACACAAGCUUCGUUCGAGGAUAGCACCUUGGAAAACGACCCGGAUUUCGGCGAGGGGUCCAAACCCAAGCGAUCCACUCGACUGACAAGAGCCAAGCCAGUUCGAAAAGCGGCCCGGAAAGAGCUCUCCCUGGACGAGAGUAGCAACAGCAGCGUGCUCAAGGACCUGUAUAACAAUCGAGGCGAUGGGAAUAAUAGCGGAGGGGACCCAGCCACGCCGGUGAGUCACAACUCACGGAAACAGCGAACCUUGUACAAAGAGUCUAAAGAGGCUCAGGUGUUUACGCCUCCUUUGGAAGACAUUGGGGCACCCACGAUGACUCCAAGCACCAUCGUGAAGCGUCAAUUGCGCUCCAGAUCCUCUCGGAAGAAUUCGGUUCCCAAUUUUCCCACCAUGAUCGGAGCCAAAAAGCAAUUGGCCCAUGAGCUUGACAAUUUGAAGGGCGGAAUCUCGGAAGGGGACCACAAUGAGGACACGGGGCCGACACAAGCCUUGGUCGCGGAAUCCAUCGCCAGAUUGGGUGGCAGCUUGGUCGUCUUUGGCCAAGAUAGCGUUAUUGGUCAAGAUCUGGGCUCGCGCUUUGAGCAAGUGAUUCAAAGCGUGCAGAGUGUAAGCGAAACGCAAACUCGGGCCUUGAGCCAAAGUCCGCUCUCCUGUGAAACCUCUCUCGAGAGAACUGCUACGUUUGGUCUGACUCGAUCCAUGAUGGGUCCGAGUGAUUGUCCCGGUCCCACGAAUCCCGGGAUUCCUUUGGACGAGCGAUGGAUUGAAUCGGUGCGCGUGAAUUUGCCCGCCGUUCAACGACGGGCCGCCACUUUGGGCACCAAACGCACCGUCAAGAAACAAUGGCAAGCGGCUUGGAUGCUCAGAGCCGUGACGUGCAUCGAUCUGACCACGUUAGCUGGGGAUGAUACCCAGGCCAAUGUCCAGAGAUUGUGCCUCAAAGCGGCUAAACCCAUUCGAUCCGACAUCUUGGCUGCCAUGGACAUGGAACAAGCUCAAUUAACUUGUGGCGCCGUGUGCGUCUAUCCAUCACGGGUGCCGGAUGCGGUGGCAGCUUUGAAACGCUUCAAAGCCCCGCAUGUGCCCGUGGCGGCCGUCGCCACGGGCUUUCCAAGCGGUUUGUACAGUCUGGAAACUCGCCUCCGAGAGAUUACUUUGGCCAUUGAGGCGGGAGCGCACGAGAUCGACAUCGUUCUCAAUCGGCAAUUGGUGCUCAACCACCGAUGGGCCGAAUUGUAUCGUGAAGUCCAGCAAAUGAAGGCCGCUUGUGGACCCAAAAUCCACAUGAAGACCAUCUUGGCCAUUGGGGAAUUGGGCUCCAUGAACAAUGUGUACAAGGCCUCAUUGGUUUGCAUGAUGGCUGGGGCUGACUUCAUCAAAACGUCUACGGGUAAAGAGGCCUUGAACGCUAAUCUACCCGUGGGCGUGGUCAUGUGCCGGGCCGUUCGCGACUAUUUUGAGCGAACCGGGUACUUUGUGGGGUUCAAGCCCGCCGGAGGGAUUCGAACGGGCAAAGACGCCUGUACUUGGCUCAUCCUGAUCAAGGAAGAGUUGGAUGAUCGAUGGUUAAACAACAAGCUAUUCCGGAUUGGAGCCUCCGGUUUACUCCUGGAUUUGGAAAGACAACUGUUCCAUUACGUGACCGGUCGUUACGCCGCCGCGCACGAGUUGGCCAUGUCUUGAGCAAGGAAUGUCUUACAUACGUAUAUUUCGUUCUGACUACCAUCAUUCAGGCCUGAGCCACGUGUUCACAAUAAAAGCACAUGUUUAGAUGACACUCUAAAUGCCACUACAACUACUCAGACACUCGUCACACA